GAGUAUGGGAGGAGAUGGGAUGUUCCCAAUGCGCAUGUGUAGACAGUGAUCUGUGCUGCGGUGGAAAAGGGGCUGGAGACACACAACUAAAGAGAUGGCGCGGCACCCGACCGGAGCGCAAGGACAGCUGGCUGGCGGUGGGGGGGCUUGAAUUAUAAAGAAAAUCAGAAAAAAAUAAUAAUAACAAACAAAAACAACGACGACAAAAAGAAUUAAAAAAAAAAAACGGGAUUCAGAAAAGGAGUUUCCAUUCCGCAAAACAGCGUCAGAGGUAGGAGAAUAUAUAUGUGACUAUAAGGACAGAGAGGAGGCAAUAGCAAAGGAGGCUCCUGCAAGAGGAAGAAAAAGCAACAAAAUAAAAUUGAACUUUACUGGACGUGAGGACUUCUGGACAUCACCUAACUGCGCUAGACCAGAUAGAUGGUUUGUCCACAGCGCUGCCCGGAUCAUGAACGCACAACUGUCGAUGGAUAUUGGCGACCUGCACGGAGUGAGCCAUGAGUCCGUGGCCGGUCACGGACAGCUGCUGAGUGGCCACAGUCCGCAUGGCCGUCCAAGCCCCCGGGGUCUGAGCCACCGCGCUAUGGGCAUGGCCAACCUACUGGACAGCGGAGACUAUCACCCCGGUCACCACGGACACUUGCAUCCAGCCAUCAGCAUGUGUGAAGCCCCCCCUGGCAUGAGUGCGAGCAGCACUUACACAACCCUAACCCCCCUGCAGCCCUUACCCCCCAUCUCCACCGUGUCCGACAAGUUUCCUCCCCAUCACCACCACCACCACCACCACCAUCCCCAUCAUCCUCACCAUCAUUCCCACCAGAGGAUCCCCGGAAAUGUCAGCGGAAGCUUCACGUUGAUGCGAGAGGACCGGAGUCUGGCGCCUAUGAACAGUCUGUAUCCCGCAUAUCAUCACAAAGAUCCCUGUAUGGGCCAGAGCCUCUCCCCGUUGUCUGGUUCCGGUCUGGCCAGCAUACACACGUCUCAGGCCGGCAUCCCUCCCUAUGCUCAUCCCGGUGCCGCCAUGCCUGGUGAGAAGAUGCUCACUCCCAGCGGGUUUGAGGCUCACCACCCGGCCAUGCUCGGCAGACACACGGAGCAGCACAUGACCUCCUCAGCGGGCAUGGUACAAAUCAACGGCCUCCACCACCACCCGCAUGCCCACAUUGGCGCGCAGGGGCACGGCCAGGGGCUGGGGAACAGCCAGGAGCAGGCCUCCGGGCCGGGGCAGCAAGGGGGCGGCGGUGGAGGGGGUGGUGUUUCUGGGGGCCAGAUGGAGGAGGUGAAUACCAAAGAGGUGGCGCAGAGGAUCACCACUGAGCUGAAGCGCUACAGCAUCCCUCAGGCCAUCUUUGCCCAGCGGGUCCUGUGCAGGUCCCAGGGGACCCUGUCCGAUCUGCUGAGAAACCCCAAACCUUGGUCCAAACUCAAGUCCGGUAGAGAGACCUUCCGCCGCAUGUGGAAGUGGCUGCAGGAGCCUGAGUUCCAACGCAUGAGUUCACUCAGGCUCGCAGGUGAGCGAAGCCUCGCAUGUAAGCGUAAGGAACAGGACCACGGCAGAAGCGAGCGGGGGAGCGGGUCCAAGAAGCCCCGGCUGGUGUUCACAGAUGUGCAGCGGCGGACGCUCCACGCCAUCUUCAAGGAGAACAAGCGUCCAUCCAAAGAGCUGCAGAUCACCAUCGCCCAGCAGCUGGGCCUCGAGCUGACCACAGUCAGCAACUUCUUUAUGAACGCACGCCGCCGGAGCCUGGAUAAGUGGGUGGACGACGGCUCCGGUCACCCACCCAACUCUGGCCUCAAUGCCUGCACCAAAGCCUGAAGACGGACUGAUUUGACCAACUCCUGGACUGACUCAACCUCGGUGGAAAAGCUUUAAAACUUAAGAGACACAAAGAGAAACUUAAAAAGACCUUGAAGCAACGUUUUGCCCUUAAACCUGUACUAUAUUGAUAUUUAUAGUAUCCAAAGAUGAAAAAAAACAAACCAAAGACUUCUUGUUUGACCUGCUUUGAAAAGUUGUUUUCAGCAACACAUUUAAGUGUAACAUACUGCAAAAAGACUAUAGUUUACCCCCCCACCCCCCCUUCACACAUACUCACUGUCACUGGUCUCUAGCUUUACUACACCCCCCCACACCUCCCUACCCAGUAUCAAUCUAUCAUUCGCCAUCCUUAUCUUUAAUCUGAUUGGUUGGUUUUAAUGAUGGGUACCUACAUGGAGGUUUAAUCAGCCGAUUUGCAGUCUGAUCUGCAGCUGUCCACACCCUUGAAAAACAGCCAGAAUGUGGAGCUCCGGUGGGAUUGGCCAAUCAACUUUAAAGACAAAGAAAUCCUACAGGAGCAGCUGGAUUGUUGUGCAACCUUGUUUGGAUCGGUGGCGGUGGACAGUCUGUCUAUCUGUCUGUCCAGCUGUCUGUCUCUCUAUCAAGCAUUCCAGACAGACGGGGAAAUGCCCAUGCGUAGACUGCUAACCCAAAAACCCGACCCUGAAGCAAACCAAAAACACCCUAACCUCAACCCUCAUGGUAGUGCUUUCUUCCAACAUGCUGAAGCGUUGAAUGAUUUAAACAAGAGAAACCAAAGCCUUCUACACCCUGAAGCCUCUCGUGCAGCUUAGAAAUAAAAACCACUUCAGAACCUGCUAUGAAGUAAUUUGACCAAAGAGUAUAUUUUGUAGCUGAUAAUCUUGAGAGUAUUUUUACCUCAUUUCCUCCCUUACCUCCUGAGAUAGACUGUUAGUUAGGCGCCACAAAGAAGAGAAUGUCACCGCUUAUGGUCCAGACGACAUUUUGAGUCAUAUGUUCCCUGUAAAUGGAAAUACUAUAUGACACAACGCUGAAAAUUAACUAUUGAUAUUUGCCUUAUAGAUGCCUUCUUAAAUCAAACAAAAUAUUAGGGUUAUAUCUUCGCAAACACUCUCGAGGAUGUUCCUGUAAAAUGCUCAUUGUGAGGAUUAAUCAUUGCAGAUGCAUCAUUUCCUGUAAGUCUGUUUAGCUAAUGCCUACAGAUUUAAUUCAAGUUUAUGUGUUCAAAUGCCAGCAGCUGGAAAACAAAGACUAAUACAUUCUGCAGUUUGUUUUCUCUGCCAGGGUGAAAACAAAAGACGCAGGCUCUCAUGCUCUCUGUGUGGUCGUGACACAUUGAAGGAGACAAGCGGCCUCUGAUGGUCUUUGUUUUUUUCAGGACAAACUGUGUCACCACUCUAAUAAUACGCAUUCAGCAUCGCUCCGUCGUCCCUGUGCGCUUCAUACGUAUUUGAUUUUAUCUCCUCAUCAAAGAUGUUGGGUGGAGGGGAUGAAAUCAAUGAUCAAAUCACUUUCAGGCACUUACACAGCAAUGUCACCUCGUCACCUGAAUACGAAAGCACCCCACCCUCCUCUUGCCAA